UCACAGCGCCCCUGUCCGUCCUCUUUAAUAUACAGCACAUUCUCUAAUCGUUUCCCGGGAACGUGUCGACGAACCGCUGGGUGGGGAAUCGCACAAAAAGAAAAGGGAGAACCGCGGAGUAGGAUGCGUCCUUCCCGGGACCACUUGCUUUUCGCUUAGAUGGAUUUGCGCCUGCACAGGAGCACGGCUUGAUCACACGAUCCUGACCAAUGGUGAGACCUACACCCAAGAAGAUGGCCUCCGAGAACCUGCUCCGGAGCUACUCCAUAAUUCCCUGCUUCAUCUUUGUUGAGCUGGUCAUCAUGGCCGGUACGGUGCUGCUGGCGUACUACAUGGAGUGUACGGACACCUUCUCUGUGCAUAUCCAGGGCUUCUUCUGCAACGACGCUGACCUUCUGAAGCCCUACCCAGGGCUGGAGGAGGACAGCUUUGUACCUCCUCUCAUCCUCUACUGUGUGGUGGCUGCUGCCCCCACCGCUGUGAUUUUCAUAGGGGAGGUCUCCAUGUAUAUUGUGAAAUCGACGAGGGAGGCUCUCAUAGCCCAGGAGAAAACCAUUGUGACGGGGGAGUGCUGUUACCUCAACCCCCUCAUCCGCAGGAUUAUACGCUUCAUCGGCGUUUUUGCUUUCGGCCUGUUCGCCACAGACAUCUUCGCCAACGCUGGCCAAAUUGUGACUGGGAAUCUGUCACCAUACUUCCUGAAUGUGUGCAAGCCCAACUACACGGGCACAGACUGCCGCUCCAACCAACAGUUCAUCGCCAACGGCAACAUCUGCACCGGGGAUCAGGUGGUGGUGGAGCGAGCCAGAAGGUCCUUUCCUUCCAAGGAUGCAUCGCUCAGUAUUUACUCAGCUGUCUACAUGACGAUGUACAUCACCAGCACAAUAAAGACAAAAAGCAGCCGACUGGCCAAGCCAGUGCUGUGCCUGGGCACCCUGUGUGCGGCGUUCCUCACGGGCCUCAACCGGGUCUCCGAGUACCGGAACCACUGCUCCGACGUGAUCGCCGGCUUUAUCCUGGGGAGCACCAUCGCCCUCUUCCUGGGGAUCUGUGUGGUCCACAACUUCAAAGGCGUCCACGCCACCCCUGUCAAGCGGAAAGGGGAGGAGUACCGCGGCCUGCCCCUCAUGACCUUUCCGCGGGUCGAGAGCCCCUUGGAGACCCUCAGCGCACAGAACCACGCGGCGUCAAUGACGGAGGUCACAUGACUAAAGGGACAGCACAGGGUCACGUUCGCCUCACCUCAACACCUCUAGACACAAAAGGAUUUUUGUACUGUGUCACACCCUCGGAAGAACAGUAUUAUGUUGUAUGUAGUUAGAAGCAGAUGUUUUUUUGUACAUUUUGUAUAAGGAAGUGCUGUAGUUAAUCCCACUGUCCGCUUUGAACUAUUACAUGGUCAAGAUUUAUGCAUCCCUUCUCUCCUUUUACAUUAUAGAGCAAAUAUAUAUAUAAUAUAUAUAUAUAUAUAUAUAUAUAUAACGAAAAAGAUAUUGAAAUAUUGAUGUCGUUAUGUGGUAUUUGUACGAGCAAAUCUUUUUAUUAUGGUUUCUGUAAAUCUUUGAUGAUUUUGUAUCAUUAUUUUUGGUUAUCUCUGUACAAAACUCAAUAUUUUUUGGCUAAUUUUUGCCUGCAAUUCCUCAGCAAUGUUUUGGUAUUAAUAUCUAGGAAAAAAGUGAAAUAUUGUGACAGCCUGAGUUGACGUUACGUGUUUUUUACUUUCGCAUGGAAGCAUACAAUCUUUAUAUCGCAGAUCGAACCCUAUUUGUACAUUGUUUUCUUAAAAGUUGGCAUUUCCUCUGAAAUGCUGUAUAUUUUUUCUUGAUUUUUACAUUUGUCCACAAAAUAAAUAGUCGGUAGCCUCA